AAAAAAAAAGAAACAAUGAAGAAGCAAGUUUUAUUUAUUGCUUUUCAGUUUAUUACUUUCCUUUUCAUUUCUUUAGGUGUCGAAGCUCAGACAUGCGAUUCUAGUGGCAACAUAACAGGCAAAACUCCCCCACCGGGGCAGUGUAACCAAGAGAACAACGCCGAGUGUUGCGUAGAAGGCGAAGUUUACAAGACAUACACUUGUUCACCGCCGGUGUCCAGCAACACACCCGCGACCCUAACAAUUAACAGCUUCCAGGAAGGCGGGGAUGGCGGCGGCCCAUCGAAAUGUGACAACCAAUAUCACUCGGAUGAUGAACUUGUGGUCGCACUCUCGACGGGUUGGUUCGGCCAGAGUAGUCGAUGCAGUAAGUUCAUCAACAUCAACGGGAAUGGAAAAACCGUGAGGGCGUUGGUAGUCGAUGAAUGUGACUCUCAGGUAGGGUGUGACGAGGAGCAUGCUUAUCAGCCACCGUGCGGUAAUAAUAUUGUUGAUGGCUCGAAAGCAGUUUGGACGGCUCUGGGAGUGCCCGAAAGCGAGCAGGGUGAAAUAGAUGUUACCUGGUCCGAUGCCUAAGUCUUCGAUUUCACCGUAUUA